AUGUUACGUGAAAUGUUCGAUUCUCAUGUUGGCUUAGUCUUAGCAAGUAAACCAUUGGUUCAUAUACACACAUAUUCUCGUAAACCAUCCAUUGAGAACAUACAGGGUGACUCUCCCUACAUCGACUUAAAUGAGAGUCUUGUCACGAUCCAUUAUAAUCCAAGCGUUAUCUCUACCGAUAAAGGAAUUGGGCUGAGGAAUACAGAAAAAUGUCUUCUAUCUGAUGAUCGAGUUUUCUGGACACCCUGUCCCGUUGAUGCCGGUAAAGGUGCUCUUACUUUAACAACCACAUCUGGACUAACUGUUGUAAACGUGCAUGUUCCAUAUGACAAUAAAGCAGCUACUUUAUUGCUGAGCAAUAUUCCAUGGCCCGAAAACAACAAUCCAUUUGUUUGUGUUGGUGACAUGAACCGUUAUUCUGACACUUUAAUGAAAAUGAUUGUUGAGGUUACCGCUGGUAAGCCAGCUUCCACUCUAUUGUUUCCUGUCACAACUGAUAAACCUACUAGAUUUGGUUUAAAUCAGAAUAGUACUUUAAAAAAAAUAUGGAUCGAUUAUUUUGUCGUUUCAGCAUCACUUAAAGAGUUAGCCAUAUGUCCAGCAAUUGUUUAUGAUAACAUCGGUGAUAUUUCUGAUCAUUAUCCAAUUUCGCUCCAAUUCAAAGCCGAAUGUUCAUAA